CAGGCAACUUUCACUUCCCAUUUCCAUUGUUCAAGAAGCUUCUGAAGAACUGAGCCCUUAUAGAAUCAGUGAUCCUGUUGGGCAAAGCAGUUGCUUUCUCAGCCUCCAGGCACAGCAGCAGCAGAAGGCAGCAGACCAAGGCCAUGGAGGAUGACCAGAGGAACCUUCUCCCCGGGCCAGGGGCUGGCACUGCCCCACAGCCAGAACGGGGGUCCUGCAGCCGUGGAUCCAUCUAUGCAGUUGUAUCUGUCCUGGUGUCCUUGCUUAUUGCCGGCCAGGCGGUCACUGUCUUCUAUGUGUAUCAUCACAACGAACGGAUUACUAAGCUGAGCAAGGACACCACGGAGCUGAAGCUAGAAUCAAUUGCCAAAAAGCUUCCUCAGGCCCCCCAGCCAGCGAUGAAGAUGGCAAUGGUCAAUAUGAUGCCCAUGGCUAUUUUAGAUGACGAGUCUUUGAAAAAUGAAGCCAAGCUGACCAACAGCACUGAAGACCAAGUCAAGCGUGUCCUAUUGCGGGAAAACCCUCUAAGAAAAUUCCCUGAAUUCAAUAGCAGCUUCAUUGAAAAUAUUGGUCAGAUGAGAUUUCGCAUGGAUUAUGAAGACUGGAAGGCUUUUGAAACCUGGAUGCACAAGUGGCUCCUCUUCCAAAUGGCACAAAAUGCGAUCCCAGAAGAAAAAGUGAAAACCAAGUGCCAGCAAGAACAGUGUGGUAAGGGUGUCCACCCAGGAAGAUUCUGUGCCGAGUGUGAUGAAAUGGGGGACUAUUUGCCCAAACAGUGCCACCACAGCACUGGGUAUUGCUGGUGUGUCUACCAAAAUGGCACAGAGAUUGAGGGCACUAAAGUCCGUGGACCUCUGGAUUGCGAUGGAGAGGCAAAAAAGCUGGAUUCUGAUAAUGGGACCUUCUCAGGGGUGGAGAUUGACUAGUUGAAGUCACAAGAAAACGCAUACAGGAAAAGCAGCAUCAAGCAUAUCAACCCAAGAUGUCCAGCUUAUUAUCUCCAUCUUGCUCUAGUUUCUGCCUUGCUUCUGUAUUGAUUUCUCCAAUUAGAUUAGCACCAUUACUAAAGUUGUAGGAUUAAGAAUAAUUCUUAAUGUAGGGGCAAGUAAGUAGGUCGAUUAAAUGUCUUUGCCUGCAGAGCUUGGUCCUAAAUCACCUUUUUUCAGAAAGGUAACAUUUAGCUUUCAGUAGGAACAGCCCAGAGUGAGAAAAAUUGAUGUGUCCCUUAAUAUUCAGUUCAUGAGACCAUAGUGAUUUCGGAUGCUAAUCAGAUUUCCUGAAUUUGGGGGGGGGGGGGUGUUCAAUUACUGCAGGAUUCUUGGGAAACAAUGGGAGAAAUGGCACGAUCUUGCAUUUCCUGUAACACAAGCUGGUGUUCUGGGCAAUUAAAAUAUAUAUAGACAAAACUAGCAUUGCUUUCCAAAACAUAUACUAAAAUGGGUAUUACGCCAUGCAGAACUUGCAAUGUUCAGACUUUUUUUAAUCUACAGGGCUAGUACUGGAUGCAUGGAAAUCCUACCACCAUCAUAAUGAUUCUAUGAAUUUUCCAUUAACUAUUAUUUGUGUGGCUCUCUAAACAUUUUUGUUCUCUAAUUCCCAUCAGUCCCUGGCAACACAACUAAUAGUGAGGGAUUUGAGAGUUGUAGUACAAACCCCUAGAAGUUCAUGCCUGAUCUGAAGGGAAUGAAAUAUCAUUUAGGAGGGUGUAGAUGGGAGUAGUGUGUCCAGAGUUUGAAUGCAACUUCCAGAAGACCUACCCACCAUAGCCAAUGGUGAAUAAAUCUAGGUACUGUAGUUCAACACCAUGUGAAGAGCUAAACCAUUUUUUCCUUGCUUCAAAAAUAAAUUUUAAAUGUGGUUUGAGUCCAGAAAACCUAUUUACCAUGUGAAGCUAUGUAUCCUUUACAAUAACAGUCUAGCCUAUGACUUAGAAUCAUAAGAGUUGAAAGAGCCCCCGGGGGCCAUCUAGUCCAACCCUCUGCAAUGCAGAAAAAGCAAUCAAAGCACCCCCGACAGAUGGCCAUCCAACCUCUUUAAAAGCCUCCAAAGAAAGCUUCCACCACACUCUGAGGCAGAGAGUUCCACUGUUGAACAGCUCAUGCUCAGGAAGUUCUUCCUAAUGUUCAGGUGGACUUUUCUUUACCUUUAUUUUGAAACAGUCUGACAGAGAUUUCUCUAUGAAUAAUACAGUCAUCAAUAGAGCUAUGUGAUAGGCUUCCUCUGUCUCACCCACAGUAGUAUUUCCCCCCAAUUACAUUAGCAAGUAGAGUGCUGGCUUCUUGUUAUUUUUUUAAACUAUCUUGCUAGACAGCAGACUUUUUGAUACUCAUCUUCCAAAUUUUAGUUUCCAAGAUCCUAAUUAUGCAUUUUGAAUGUAUGAUCAUUGUUAACAAACUCACUAAGAUGAUUUUAAUUAUAAGCUUUUGAAAAAAAUAAAAAUAACUCACUAAUGAA